AGAAAAUAACGCGAUAGCAAAAAAAAAAAGCUUUUGUUGAGAAGAUCUAUUUGCGUUUUACCAUUACCUGUCUGUUUAUGGCAUCACUCUCCCGCGCAGGUUAGCAUCAUCAUCAUCAUCAUCAUCAUCAUCAUCUUCUCCAUUUCCCUGUGAUCUCUCUGCAACUGCAAGAACAAAGCUAGAUCUGGUUGUUGUUGCGAACACAAAUGGCGAGGCUCUUCGGUUCUUCUUCCUCCGAUUCAAUCACGAUGAUCGUCACCAACACGCCUUCACAGGACCUCGCUCUCUCCAACCUCGCCUACUGCUCCCCCUCCGAUCUCCCCAAUUUCGCCGUCUCCGGUCGCGCUAACCUCUUCCUCGCUUCCAUCGCCGAUUCCUUCGUCUACGCUCUCUCAGGUCAUGAAAGCAUUCGCAGUGGUCAUAUCGCGUUGAAUUCAAUUCAGCGUCGGUGUGUUAGAGUUUCUGCUGCUGAAUCCAUAACUGUCACCCGAUUCGUGCCGCCUGAAAAUUUUAACCUGGCGCUGUUGACGCUUGAAUUGGACUUCAUUAAAAGGGUUGGAAACAGGAGUGAACAGAUUGAUGCUGUUAUACUGGCUAAGCAACUUCGGAAGAGGUUUAUGAACCAGGUCAUGACAGCCGGGCAGAAAGUGUUAUUUGAGUUUCAUGGAAAUAAUUAUAGCUUUACUGUCAAUCAAGCUACUCUGGAGGGUCAUGAAAAGUCUAAAACUAUUGAAAGAGGGAUGAUUUCAGAUGACACAUAUAUUGUUUUUGAAACUGCACGGGAUAGUGGAAUCAAGGUUGUCAAUCAGCGUGAGGCUGCGACUAGCAACAUUUUUAAGCAGAAAGAAUUUAACCUUGAGUCUCUGGGUAUUGGUGGCCUGAGUGCAGAGUUUGCAGAUAUAUUUCGAAGAGCUUUUGCAUCUCGUGUUUUCCCUGCCCACGUGACAUCUAAAUUAGGAAUCAAGCAUGUGAAGGGCAUGCUGCUUUAUGGGCCUCCUGGUACUGGAAAGACCCUUAUGGCACGUCAAAUUGGAAAAAUUUUGAAUGGAAAGGAACCUAAGAUUAUAAAUGGGCCAGAAGUUCUGAGCAAAUUUGUUGGUGAAACUGAGAAGAAUGUGAGGGACCUUUUUGCUGAUGCUGAACAAGAUCAGAGGACCCUAGGGGAUGAAAGUGAAUUGCAUGUUAUAAUCUUUGAUGAAAUUGAUGCCAUUUGUAAGUCAAGAGGUUCAACUCGAGAUGGUACUGGAGUUCAUGAUAGCAUUGUUAACCAGCUUCUUACUAAGAUAGAUGGUGUGGAGUCACUAAAUAAUGUUUUGCUUAUUGGAAUGACUAACAGAAAGGAUAUGCUUGAUGAAGCUCUCUUAAGACCAGGGCGGUUGGAAGUCCAGGUUGAGAUAAGCCUUCCUGAUGAAAAUGGUCGACUUCAAAUUCUUCAUAUUCAUACUAACAAGAUGAAAGAGAAUUCUUUUCUAGCUCCUGAUGUGAACCUUCCAGAGCUUGCUGCUCGAACAAAAAAUUACAGUGGUGCAGAACUUGAAGGUGUUGUGAAAAGUGCUGUCUCAUAUGCUUUAAAUAGACAAUUGAGCCUUGAAGAUCUCACUAGGCCAGUGGAGGAAGAGAAUAUUAAGGUCACGAUGGAUGACUUUUUGAAUGCAAUCCAUGAAGUUGUUCCUGCAUUUGGAGCUUCAACCGAUGACCUUGAAAGAUGCAGACUCCAUGGCAUGGUCGACUGUGGUGAUCGACAUAAGCACAUUUAUCAAAGAGCAAUGCUACUUGUGGAGCAAGUUAAAGUGAGUAAAGGAAGCUCGCUUGUUACCUGUCUUCUGGAAGGUUCUACCGGCAGUGGUAAAACCGCCCUCGCAGCUACCGUUGGUGUUGACAGUGACUUCCCAUAUGUCAAGAUAGUUUCAGCUGAAUCAAUGAUUGGUCUACAUGAGAGCACUAAAUGUGCACAGAUUAUUAAGGUUUUUGAGGAUGCAUACAAGUCACCGUUGAGUGUUAUUAUUCUUGAUGACAUUGAGAGGUUAACAGAGUAUAUUGCCAUUGGUCCUCGUUUUUCAAACUUGAUUUCUCAAACACUACUUGUCCUACUCAAACGGCUUCCACCAAAGGGGAAAAAACUCUUGGUUAUUGGUACGACAAGUGAACUGGGUUUCUUGGACUCGAUUGGAUUUUGUGAUACUUUCUCUGUCACUUACCAUGUUCCUGCCUUGAACACAAAUGAUGCAAAGAAGGUCCUACAUGAGUUGAAUGUUUUUGCUGAAGAAGAUAUUGAUUCUGCUGCCGAGGCAUUGAAUGAUAUACCUAUCAGGAAGCUAUACAUGUUGGUUGAGAUGGCAGCGCAAGGUUCCGAAGGUGGAUCUGCUGAAGCUAUCUUUUCUGGCAAAGAGAAGAUUAAUAUAUCUCAUUUCUAUGAUUGCCUACAGGACGUUAUUAGAUUAUAAUUUCCUUGUCUAAUUAAGUAAGUGCUUUCACUGCAGAGUGUAGUAUCAUCCUUAUUGUGUUGGAUUCUAAUUUUUGUUCACAUUUUUGUAAAUUUUAUUCCCGCAUAGCGUGAUACUUCUUUUUAGUUUUGCUGAGUCUUUGUUGCUUGCCUUUUUUUGCUGAUAGUAAUUUUAUGAGUUAGGAGUUCCUAGUUUCUGUUUUGUUUUAGGCUAUGUUUUAAUUGAAUUGAGCUGUACCUAAACUUGGCAUAGUUGGUUCAUUUUGUGGAUUUGCAUUA